AGUUCCAAAAAAAAUAUCAAGCCGGAUUGGGUGUUUUCUUUUUCUUUUGGGGUCUUAUUGUCCUUUCGAGGUAAUUGUCAAGAGCAGAUGGAUAUUCACUCAAUAAUAUAAUAUCUUUAAAAUACUAAUAAAUGAGAUACUAGCUUGGUAGCAAAAUAAACAGUUAUUUACCAAACAAGGAAUCCGUAGCCUUUGGGAAUCAUAUAUAUGAUAUAAUUAAGCAAGAUUGUAUAUGUAUAUAUAGGAUGAUAAGAAUGGUGUGGUUAAUGGUGGUAGUAGGUUUGUUGGGAGGAUAUGCAUUUGUGUUUGGGUUGUUGAGAAGGAUAAACAAUUGGUACUAUGUUUGGAGAGUGGGAAAAACUAAAUACCCUCUUCCACCUGGUGAUUUGGGUUGGCCUUUCCUCGGCAACAUGCCUUCCUUCCUCACAGCUUUCAACUCCCACCCUGAUUCCUUCGUCCAUAACCUUCUUUCCAGAUAUGGGAGGACAGGGAUGUAUAAGACGCACCUGUUUGGAUGGCCGAGCAUAAUAGUGUGCAGUCCAGAGACAUGCAGAAAGGUGCUAACUGACGUUGAGAGGCUCAAGCUUGGAUACCCGGCUUCAACCAUGGCGCUUGUAGGCAAGAGAUCAUUCCACGGCAUAUCAAACGCCGAGCACAAGCGCCUACGCCGUCUAACCACUGCUUCGAUGACUGGUCAUGACGCCUUGUCCACGUAUGUUGGUCUCAUAGAGGAUAUUUCCAUCAAGACUCUCCAUGAGAUGAGCAGCAUGGACAGACCUUUUGAGUUUUUGGUUGAGAUGAGGAAGUUCGCAUUCAAGGUUUUCACAACCAUCUUUUUUGGCUUUUAUGAUCAUGAUCACGUUGACCUUGGCAUGGUAGACAAUUUGUACACAAUCUUGAAUUUAGGAAUGAAGUCCAUGGCCAUCAAUCUUCCUGGCUUUGCAUUCCAUAGAGCACUCAAGGUCUUUCUCUAUAAAUCUCUUCAACUAAUUAAUUACACGGUAGAAAAUUGCAUGCAGCUGUUUUUAUGUGAAGUUAAUAUUUGAAAAUCGUUAAAUAAUUUGAUAAAUUUA